AUGGCGCCUAAUAUAUCCGGGCAAAAUUUUACGCUCCGUUCGGUCGUAGCCGGGUUAGCCAUUGGCACGGUUAUCUGUGCUGCCAACGUCUACUUCGGACUUCAGACAGGAUGGGUCUCCAUCAUGUCUAUGCCCGCCAGUCUAAUGGGCUUUGGCAUAUUUCGACUGCUGCGAAGUCAUCUUGAUCUACCAUUUUCUCCUGUAGAAAAUGUUUUCGUGCAGAGCGUUGCUUGUGGUAUGGCCAUUAUGCCACUCGGCUGUGGAUUCGUUGGUGUGAUACCUGCCAUGAACUAUCUCUUAUCCCAAGACGAGAGAGGGCCACUGAAUCUUAGCAUAUGGCAGCUCGUGGUUUGGUCUCUAGGUCUCUGUUACUUUGGAGUCGUUUUCGCAGUACCUUUACGUAGGCAAGUUAUCAUUAGAGAACGCUUGCGAUUUCCUAGUGGCUUUAGCACUGCCGUUCUUAUUUCUGUGCUUCAUGGUCAGGGAACACAGUCUAAGCAAGCACUAGAUGAUGCAUCAAAGGGCGGCUUUGCCAGUCUAGUUCCACGGGACAACGAAGAUGGUGAGCAACAAGAGGAGGACGAUAGAGCCACAUUGGUGAAUGAGCCUGCUAAGACCCAAAGCGAAUCGGAUUGGGCGGCAAACUUGCGACUCCUGCUCCUCAGCUUCAUCAUAUCCGGGCUGGCCACCGUCCUGACAUACUUCUUUCCCAUUCUUCGGAACAUACCUGUAUUUGGACCUGCAGCAGCGCAAACAUGGCUAUGGACGCUGAAUCCCAGUCUCGCAUACGUUGGGCAGGGCAUUAUCAUGGGAACAGAGACAACUAUGCACAUGACAGUCGGUGCUAUCGUCGGAUGGGCUAUUCUGAGCCCGCUUGCAAAGUAUAAAGGCUGGGCUCCCGGUCCAGUCGAUGACUGGGAAAGAGGAAGUAAAGGUUGGAUCGUCUGGGUAUCCUUGGCGAUCAUGCUCGUGGACGCCAUUGUCAGCCUAGGCUACGUCGCCACCAGGUCAUUAUUUGUGGCAAACUCUAAUUUAUCGAUUCCCGGGAUUUUCGACGCUAUACACCAAACUUCGUGGGGGAAAUUCUUGCCGGGUAGCAGAGCUCGCUAUGCCCUUUUGCAGAGACGAGAUGACGAGGACGACUCAACUGACGAUGAGGAUGGUAUUUCUGGAACGCGUGCUGACCAAGAUGAGGAGGAUGCUCCAGAGAAUCAGCGUAUUAACAGCAGAACUGUUGGUAUCGGAUUGCUGCUCUCCAUAGUCCUCUGCAUACUUACCAUCCGCACUGUUUUCGGAGAUCUGGUGCCCCUAUACGCCACAGUAAUUGCGGUCUUUAUGGCGCUUGUACUGAGUAUCAUGGGCGUCAGAGCUCUCGGUGAAACUGAUUUGAACCCUGUGUCCGGUAUUAGCAAGCUUGCACAGCUCUUCUUCGCUCUCAUCAUCCCGCAAUCGAACAAAUCAAGUGUUCUCAUCAACCUGGUAGCUGGAGCAGUGUCCGAAGCGGGUGCCCUUCAAGCUGGAGACUUAAUGCAGGAUCUAAAGACUGGUCACCUCCUUGGCGCGUCUCCGAAAGCGCAAUUCUGGGGACAAAUGAUAGGAGCAACUGUUGGGGCAGUUUUGAGCGCUUUCAUUUACCGUCUCUAUACGCGUGUUUAUGAGAUCCCUGGUGACCUCUUCCAGGUGCCUACGGCGUACGUCUGGAUAUUUACAGCGCGACUGGUUACAGGCCAAGGUUUGCCUUACAUGGCCAAAGAGUGGGCAAUCGCAGCCGGCGCGGUUUUCGUUUGCACCACUGUCCUGCGAACUGCUGCUGUCGGCAAACCGUGGCGCUCGCUGGUCCCAGGAGGUAUUGCUGUGGCGGUCGGCAUGUACAACGUGCCUUCAUUUACACUCGCUAGGGCCGCUGGCGGUAUACUAACCUGGGUCUGGCUGCACUUGAUGAAGCGUUCUAGCACACCGCUUAUCAUUCUAGCUUCUGGGUUUAUUCUCGGCGAAGGUUUCCUGAGCAUCGUAAAUCUAAUCAUGGAAGGACUAUCGGUUCCCCAUUUUUGA